AUGAACGCCAAAUCCGGGCCAUCUCGUAUAGAAAUGCAAGCACGCGACUCUCCUCUUGGCCUGAGUUUCAAAAACACGGUCCAGCUCCUCACUUCCUUCCUCGAGGUCGUGAUCCACACCAUCAUAUGUAUCCGCCAAGUCUAUCCCCCUAACACGUUCACGCGGCGACGAGCGCACGGCGUGGCCGUUUACCAGUCACGGCAUCCUGAGGUGAGGUCGUACAUUGGGCGAGUCGUCAAUGCCCUCCGGCAGGAGAUGGAGCGUGGGACGCUGCGACGAGUUACGGUGCUCAUACACGAUGUGGAGAGCCGGGCGCCGAUGGAGCGCUUUAUCAUUGACUUUGGGUAUAUGGGCCUCGAGGGACUAGAUGGCCCACAGCGGGAUGCCAAGAUCCAAGGCGCACCGGACGAGAAAGGUCUUUCGCUCAUGCUGCGUGGGUUUUUGAUACGUCUUGCAGCGCUCGAUGGACAGCUGCUGGACAAUCCCGGCGACACCUCCUUCGCCAUCAUCCUCGAGACCAAGGAUGACAUCGAGCCUGAGACGCCGAAUGGUGGGUCUACCGCGCCAUGGGUGCCUGCCCUCGCGGGAGAUACGCUCAACACCUCGUCAGCCAUCAACGGUCAUCACGAGCCGUUGCUCAGCGUUCGCGCGGUCGAGACUGGAGUCAUCGAUCUCCGGAUGGUCGUCCAAGAAUGUACGGCCAAGACCGGUACUGAAGUUCUGGAACUAGACCCGUGA